AUGUCUGAUAGCGAGUCAUUCUCCGAGCGCGAGCCCAAUGCGUUCGAUGAGGAGUCAUCGGACGGUCUCUUUGACUCCGACGGCGGAGCGGCAGGGCCCGAUGCCGAGGGCGGGAGUGAUACUGACGUCGAGAUACUCGGCGAAGGGCCCAGUUCCAUUCCAACACACGGAGUCGGAAAGGGGUUAAUAACCGCUCCCGUCCCGUUGUCCAUCGUCUAUAGUGACGGCCGUCACGUGGGCCUCGGUAUGCCUGGGGGGGCGAGCGGUAGCCGUCAGUCAGAGACCUCCACCUCCGGUCGUGGAGAGUCGACAGCCAUUCCGCCAUCUGGCCCCAGGGUAUCGGUAGUGUACCCAGGCAACCCUAGGAUGCCCAUGGGGGUGCCGAAGGAAAACCUAUUCGGCGUUGACUACCUUGGGCCGAACAAGAUUACCGAUCGGGAGAUUGCCAAAUUCCGAGCUGAAUACCGUAUUCCCGACUCGGUACGGAUGAGGAUCCCAACCCCCACUGAAUCCCUUAGUACGCCGAAGGACGGCGAGGUAGUCUUUUUUACCGACGUCCUUAUGCAAGGCGUUCGGUUGCCGUUGCAGCCGGCGGUACAGAGGAUCCUAGCCCAGAUCGGCUACGCUCCGGGGCAAUUCAACCCCAACUUCUGGGUGGCCCUCAUGGGAGUGAUAACGGCCUUCGGCAUGGCCGGUGAAGGGAGCCCCUCCUAUGAGCAGUUCUCCUACCUCUACAGCAUCACCAAGUCCAAGUGUGCCGAUCACGGCGGGUGGGUGCAGGCGAACUGUCUCAGGGCUACCGAUCGUGGCCACUUCGUCAGCUGGGUACCGACCUCGCAGAAGUCGUGGAGGAAUCGGCGGGUGCUCCUCUCGGGCGACUGGGAAUCGCCUUCGGGACAGCCUGUCCGAUUCCACAUUCCCACGACCUUCCAAAUAGCUGCCGAUCGCGACGCAGGCCGAGAUCCAGCAGGUGGAGAGAGUGAGGAGGAAAGUCACUGCCGAGGAGAGGGUGUAUCCGCAGUUCCUCUUCACCACCAACCUGAUUCAGGCCCAGCUGGUCGAUCCUGCCGAGAGUAA